GGGAGCGGAUGGGGGCAGUCAGCAGUGUCUGCAGACAGAAACAGUUUCUCUGUCAAGCUUCACCAGAGCAGAGAAACUGGAGAACGAGGAAACAUGGAAAUAGAGGAGGGAGCAAGGCUUUUAUUUUGAAAUUUUAUAAGAAAAUCACUACAUUAAAGAAAUCAAUAUCAGAUCUUAUAUAUUUAUUAAUAUCUUCAUUUUUAUUUUUGUGUUCAACAAUGACAUUUUACCCAGUGAUGCUGUUGAACCUUGGGGUCGUCAUGGCAAUGAUGGUCGACCAGGUGAAUGGAGCGCGGGUGCUGAGUGGUCAGACGGUGUGUUCAGGUGGCCCAGGACGUCCUUGCUAUAAAAUUGCAUAUUUCCACGACAUGUCGAGUCGUGUUGCGUUCAGGGAGGCGUGUCGCGCCUGUGAGAUGGACGGAGGGUCGCUGCUCAGUAUCGAGAGUCCAGCAGAGCAGACGGACAUCGAGCACCUGCUGCAGGUGAGACGCACACCUGCUCCUCUCGUCUUCCUACCCUCCUCUAAUCUCCCCCUCAUCGCCCUCCUCACCACUCGUCUCCUCUCCUCCUCUUCCCCUCCUUCUCUCAUCUUCCUCUCAUCUCACCCUCUAAUCUUCCUCCUCUCCCCUCGUCUCCUCUCAUCUUCCUCUCUUCCUCCUCCCCUCCUCUUAUUUUCUCUCAGCUUCCUCUCCUCUCCUCUUUCUCCUCUCCUCCCCUCCUCCUCCUUUCCUGUCAUCUUCCUCCUCUCCUCUCUUCUUCCUCCUCUGCUCCUCCUCUUCUCCUCUCCUCUCAUCUCCCUCCCCUCCUGUCCUCCUCUUCGCCUUCAGGAGCUGCGUUCAGGAGCGGUGGGUGGGGCAGGAGGAGGCGCAGGAGGAGGGAUAGCGGAUGGUGAUUUCUGGAUCGGCCUGACUCGGGUGGACGGAGUGGAUCAGUCUCAUCCUGAACUCAGCAACACCUUCACUUCCUGUCCACAGCUCUACCAUUGGACCGACGGAAGCCCCGCCUCCUUCAGGAACUGGUAUUUUGACGAGCCGUCCUGCGGAGGAGAGGCCUGCGUCGUCAUGUACCAUCAACCAACAGCACUUCCUGGUCUGGGCGGGGCUUAUCUCUACCAAUGGAACGACGAUCGCUGCAACAUGAAACACAACUUCAUCUGCAAAUACCAACCAGAGAGCCACGGUGUGACGGGACACACACCUGGAGGGCGGAGCACAGAGACAACGGCAGGUGGAGGCGGGGUCAAACAGUCUGCAGGAAGUGAGGGGGGUCACCCUCAGGUCAUCACGGCUGGAGCUUCAGGCAUGCUACUGGUCUACGUGAUCAUUCCCACAAUCCCCCUGCUGCUGCUCAUCCUGGUGGCUUCUGGGACAUGUUGUUUUCAGAUGCUCAGUAGAAGUACUCCCCGCACAAAGACUGCCGCCGACCAAUCAAACCUGUGGAUCUCCAGGACACCCAAACUUGAUAGCAUGGAGGUCUGAAACCCCACCCGGUGACAUCACAGUGACAUCAGCAUGUCGGCAGUGAGGAAUGACAUCAGUCUUACCACCGCUCAGCCAUUCAUCAUCAUCAUCAUCAUGACGACGUGGUGCGUUCAGGAGCAGGUGUACAACAAUGUCACAGAGGCUUUAAUGGACUAUGUAGUUGACUGUGUUUAUACCUACGUACAAGUACACACACACACACACACACACACACACACACACACACACACACAGUCUUUUCCUUCCCUUGUCUACCUUCCUCUCUCCUACAGAGAACUCUUCACCUGUCUGUUUGUUACAUCUGAUUGGUUCCCAGGUCUUCACCUGUUGGUUGACCUGUGUUUCCUGUGGUGAUGUCAUGUUAUAGUGUUGACUGUGAGCACCCUGAGUCAGCUGGUCAGAGCGCCCCCUGCCGGACACAUCCGACCUCACGGUUUAAAGAAACAGGUCAACAUUGUGUCAAAUGCUUCCUGUCAGAGUCUGGUGUCUGUAUGCGAACCAUGCUCAUCUUAGCUUAGCUUAGCAUGAAGCCUGGGAGCAGCCUCGUCUUGUUUGUUUAAUCUAUGUAAAGAACUUGAGUGAAGUUGUCUGUUCCCACACGACCUGAACGCACCAUGAACUGACAUCACUUUGAGGAACCUGAUCUGAUGUCAGCUUCUGAAAAAACUGCUAAUUAACAAACUCAUUAACUGUCCGACUGAUUACAUCUGAAGCAGUUUUCUGUCAUUGUCAUGGAAACGCCCCUCAGUUCAUCAGCUGACUAUCCAGAUGUUUGUGUUGUUGUUUUGUUGUGAAUAAAAAUAAUUCCUGUCACUG